AUGGACGCGCUCGAGUCGUUGUUGGACGAGGUGGCCCUCGAGGGGCUUGAUGGCCUGUGUCUGCCUGCGCUGUGGAGCCGUCUGGAGACGCGAGUGCCGCCCUUCCCCCUGCCUUUGGAGCCCUACACGCAGGAGUUCCUGUGGCGGGCCCUUGCCACGCACCCGGGCAUCAGCUUCUAUGAAGAGCCUCGAGAGCGACCCGACCUCCAGCUCCAGGACCGAUACGAAGAGAUUGACUUGGAAACCGGAAUUUUGGAGUCCCGGAGGGAUCCAGUCGCUUUGGAGGACGUCUACCCCAUUCAUAUGAUUUUAGAGAAUAAAGAUGGCAUCCAGGGCUCUUGCCGGUACUUUAAGGAGAGGAAAAACAUAACCAAUGACAUCAGGACCAAGUCUUUACAGCCCCGCUGUAUGAUGGUGGAGGCCUUUGGCAGGUGGGGAAAGAGACUGAUCAUCGUCGCCUCCCAGGACAUGCGGUACAGGGCCUUGAUAGGCUUGGAGGGUGACCCCGACCUGAAGCUCCCUGACUUCUCCUACUGCAUUUUGGAGCGGUUGGGCCGGUCCCGGUGGCAAGGCGAGCUCCAGCGUGACCUCCACAGCACUGCUUUCAAGGUUGAUGCCGGGAAGCUCCACUAUCACCGGAAAAUUCUGAACAAAAACGGGCUCAUUACGAUGCAGUCACAUGUGAUCCGAUUACCCACCGGAGCCCAGCAGCACUCGAUCCUCCUCCUGCUGAAUCGGUUUCACGUGGACAGGAGGAGCAAAUAUGACAUCCUCAUGGAGAAGCUCUCGGGUGUGCUGAGCACACGGAGUAACCAGAUGGAGACCCUGGGCAGGCUGAGAGAAGAGCUGGGGCUGUGCGAAAGGACGUUUAAGCGGCUGUACCAGUACAUGCUGAAUGCUGGCCUCGCGAAGGUGGUGUCUCUCCCCUUACAAGAGAUUCACCCUGAGUGUGGACCUUGUAAGACAAAGAAAGGGACGGACGUCAUGGUGCGCUGCCUCAGGCUGCUGAAGGAAUUUAAACGGAAGGUCGAGGACGACCACGACCAGGAUGACGAUGAGGACGAGGAGGUCAUCUCCAAGGGAGUACCCCCGGUGGACAUCGUGUACGAGCGGGACAUGCUCACGCAGACCUAUGAACUCAUUGAGCGCAGAGGCACGAAAGGAAUUUCCCAAGCUGAAAUCCGAGCGGCUAUGAACGUGGGAAAGCUGGAGGCGAGAAUGCUGUGUCGUCUUCUUCAGAGAUUUAAGGUUGUCAAGGGUUUCAUGGAGGACGAGGGCCGGCAGCGGACCACCAAGUACAUCUCGUGCGUAUUUGCAGAAGAGAGCGAUCUCAGCCGGCAGUACAAGAGAGAGAAGGCCCGAAGCAAGCUGCUGACCACAGUGAGCUUGGCCUCGGUGCAGGAGGAGUCCCUCCUGCCCGAGGUGGAGGACAGCUUCCUCUCCGACUCAGACAGCGAAGAGGAGCGCGGCAGCAGCAGCAAGAGGAAAGGCAGAGUGUCCCAGGGCGACGGGAGAGCCUGCUUCGGCGCCGGUCUCGGGACCCAGCCUCAUCACUCCACCCCAGCGAAGGGUGGCUGGAAGGUAAACCUCCACCCACUGAAGAAGCAGCUGCCCUCCUCCCUAGCGGUGGCCGAGGAGAAGGCCUGCCAGAGCUCUGCGGGCGGGGACAGCCUCCUGGACACCAGCGCCUCCUUGUACCCCGGUGCGCCCUUUGGCUCCCACUGCAUGGAGAGUAACAGUGGCGACAUGACCGUGAUCGAAGAGGUCAGGCUUGAAAACCCGAAGGAGAGUGGCAGUUCCCAAAAGACGGGGAAGCACGGCCCGGGCCAAGACAAACCCCACGAAACCUACCGGCUGCUCAAACGCAGGAACCUGAUCAUAGAAGCCGUCACCAACCUACGCUUAAUUGAGAGCUUGUUCACGAUUCAGAAAAUGAUCAUGGAUCAGGAGAAGCAAGAAGGCGUGUCUACCAAGUGCUGUAAGAAGUCCAUCGUCCGCUUGGUGCGAAACCUGUCCGAGGAAGGUCUCUUGAGACUGUACCGGACUACGGUUAUUCAGGAUGGGAUCAAGAAGAAGGUGGACCUGGUCGUGCACCCAUCCAUGGACCAGAAUGACCCGCUCGUGAGGAGUGCCAUCGAGCAGGUGCGCUUCCGGAUCUCCAACUCCAGCAUGGCAAACAGGGUUAAAGUGGUCCAGCCCCCAGCGCCGCAAGCAGAAGCUGAAGAAGAAAGUCCAGAAAAAGAGGGUCCGAGCGGAUCAGGAGACUCUCAACUGAAUACUUCCUCCAAAUCAGAAACUGCUCGGGUGAAAAAAACGGAUGAGAAAAUGGGCAUCACCCAGCUGAAAAAUUAUCACCCCGUUGUAGUUCCAGGACUUGGCCGUUCUCUAGGAUUUCUGCCCAAAAUGCCUCGCCUGCGGGUGGUACACAUGUUUCUGUGGUACCUAAUCUAUGGGCACCCUGCCAGCCAUGUGCGGACAAAGCUGGGCCUUGGCAGUGAAAGAAGAAUGGGAAAGCAGGAGUCAGGCAGGAUGGGAGUCCGGCCCUUCUCCAGAAAUUACAUGGAGACCUCCUCUGAUGCCCUGCCCAAGGACAGCCUAGGGGGAACCUUCCUGGAGACUGAAGUGGAGCCCCCCACGGAGAAAGUGUAUGUGGAUGAAGCCUCAUGGAUGCGCUAUGUCCCUCCCAUCCCUGUCCAUAAGGACUUUGGCUUCGGCUGGGCUCUCGUCAGUGACAUUCUCCUCUGCCUGCCCCUUUCCAUCUUCAUUCAGAUUGUGCAAGUCAGUUAUAAGGUAGACAACCUUGAGGAGUUUCUGAACGACCCUCUGAAGAAGCACACGCUGAUCCGCUUUCUCCCCAGGCCCAUCCGACAGCAGCUUCUGUACAAGAGACGCUACAUUUUCUCUGUGGUGGAGAACCUUCAGAGGCUGUGCCACAUGGGGCUGCUGCAGUUCGGCCCCACAGAAAAGUUUCAGGACAAGGAUCAGGUAUUCAUUUUCUUGAAGAAGAACGCGGUCAUCGUUGACACCACCAUCUGUGACCCACAUUACAACCUGGCCCGCAGCAGCCGGCCCUUCGAGAGGCGUCUUUAUGUCCUGAAGUCCAUGCAGGAUGUGGAGAACUACUGGUUUGACCUGCAGUGCGUCUGCCUCAACACCCCUCUAGGUGUGGUGCGCUACCCGCGCAUCAGGAAGAACGGCACCCAGGAUGAGGGCACUGAUGAGGAGGGCAGUCUGCAGAAGGAGCAGGAGAGCGCCAUCGACAAACACAAUCUGGAGCGCAAGUGUGCCCUGAUGGAGUACACCACGGGGAGCCGUGAGGUCGUGGACGAAGGCUCGAUCCCCGGGGACGGGCUGGGAGCCGCCGGGCUCGAUUCUAGUUUCUACGGGCACCUAAAGCGUAACUGGAUCUGGACCAGCUACAUCAUCAACAAGGCCAAGAAGGAGAACACUGCAUCUGAAAAUGGGCUCAUGGUGAGACUCCAGACGUUUCUGUCCAGGCGCCCGUUGCCACUCAGUGCUGGAGGCAGUGGCAGGUUGAAUAUCUGGGGGGAAGCCAGAGCAGGGUCUGAGCUCUGCACUGACAGGGAAGAGCAGUUCGAGAUGGACCGAGAGCCCACACUGGACCGGAACUGGAGAGUGAGGGGUGGGAAAAGCCAGAAGCGGAAACGGCUGAAGAAAGACCCCGGAAAGAAGAUCAAGAAAAAGAAAAAAGAAGAGUCCCCCAAAGAGAAAAACAGGAGGCUGCGUUACCACGAUGAGGCCGACCAGAGCGCGCUGCAGAGGAUGACCCGGCUGCGCGUCACGUGGUCCAUGCAGGAGGACGGGCUGCUCAUGCUCUGCCGGAUCGCCAGCAACGUCCUCAAUGCCAAGGUGAAGGGCCCAUUUGUCCCCUGGCAAGUUGUGCGGGACAUUUUGCACUCCACCUUUGAAGAGUCUCUGGAUAAAACCUCCCAUUCGGUCGGACGAAGAGCUCGCUACAUAGUCCGAAACCCCCAAGCCUAUCUGAACUAUAAGGUUUGCCUGGCCGAGGUGUACCAGGAUAAAGCACUUGUCGGGGACUUCAUGAAUCGAAAGGGCGACUACGAAGACCCAAAGGUUUGUGCCAAUGAGUACAAAGAAUUUGUGGAGAAGCUCAAGGAGAAGUUCAGUUCAGCCCUGAAGAAUCCUAAUCUUGAAACCCCAGACACACUCCAGGAGCUGUUUGCCAGAUACCGAGUUUUGGCAAUUGGAGACGAAAAGGAUCUGACCAGGAAAGAGGAUGAACUUAAUAGCGUGGAUGACAUCCACUUCCUGGUGCUCCAGAACCUGGUCCAGAGCACGCUGGCCCUCUCAGACAGCCAGAUGGAGUCCUGCCGGUCGUUUCAGGGGCGUGGGAAGUUGCGUGAGGCAGUGCCUGGGCCACAGCAAGAGGCGGGUGCUUCGUCCGUGACUGCCCCGCUGGCACUGAACGCUGGAGGGCCAUCGGGGAUGAGGAUUUUUACUUGGCGAUUUCCAAGCACCGUCUGCACAGAAUCGUUCCAGUUUUUCAAGAAAAUCCUGGCCGCCGGCAAGUUGGACCAGCCUGAUAAUUUUUCCUUCAAAGACCAGGAUAAUAAUGAGCCUGCACCCGACAUGGUGGCAUUUUCUCUGGACGGCCCCGGAGGACACUGUGUGGCCGCCCUGACCCUCUUCUCUCUGGGCCUCAUUUCCGUGGACGUCCGGAUCCCGGAGCAGAUCGUGGUGGUGGACAGCUCCAUGGUGGAGAACGAGGUCAUUAAGAGCCUGGGGAAGGACGGGGGCUUGGACGAGGAUGACGACGAAGAGGAAGACCUGGACGAGGGCUCUGGGGGCAAGCACCGGGCCAUCGAGGUGAAAGCCCGCCAGGCCUCCCACACCAACUACCUGCUGAUGCGGGGCUACUGCGCGCCCGGCAUCGUCAGCACCCGCAACCUGAACCCCAACGACAGCAUCGUGGUGAACUCCUGUCUGGUGAAGUUCCGGCUCCGCCGCACCCCGGCGCCCACCCGGCUCUGGCCCAUCGUCACAUCUCUGGAAGAGCUCCCCGUGGGAAUAUCCUGCCUCCCCGACACGUUCACCAGGCUGAUCAACAGCCAGGAGGGCCCCUGCAGCUUGGAUGAGUUUGUCCACCAGGUGGAGCUGUCCGGGUAUGAACCUGGAGACGUGUGCGCGGCCCUGGAGGUCCAGGGGGCCAUUGCAGCCACGGGGUGCUUCGGGGUAGACCGAGUGGAGCUGAGCAGGUGGUUCUCCGCCUUCGAGGGGACAGAUGGCGAGCGCACCAGGACCUUCGCAGACUACGUCCAGGACCUCUUGGAGUACCACCAGGUGGUGGAGGUCGGCGGCAACACUGUUCGCCUGGUGGCCAUGGCCUCUGCCCAGCCCUGGCUCCUGCACUCGGUGCGGCUAAAAGGCAAAAAGGAGGAUGUGGACGCUCAAAGAGAAGACCCCCGGAGCCCCCGGAGCACCAAGAGGCGUGCCAGCUGGACGAGCAGCGAUGUGGCCCAUCAGGGUGGGGAAACCGACCUGGAGAGUCCCCAGAAGCCCCCCGCUAAGAGGCCCGCACUCCAGGAUGUGCGCUUGGCCCUGAGCCCCAGGCCCAGAGCAGAAGAGGAGCCGGAAGCCCCGGCCCCUGCUCCGCCAGCAGCUCCCGGAGACGCAGGCGUGAAGGAGCCUCCCCCGGGGGCGCUGGAGGCCGGGCGAGAGUUCCAAGAGAAUCUGAGGGCAGCCAGCCCUCUAGGCCAGGAGCCGCUGAGCUGUCAGGCCCAGCUUCCAGAGGGAUCUGAAGACCCCAGAGGUUCGGCAGAGAGUUCUGUGGCCGGCAGCCUGUCCCAGGCAGCAUGGGAAAAGGACUGCGAGGGCAUCUCGUUCGUCGCCCGCCCGUGGCGCAUCGUGGACGGCCACCUGAACGUGCCGGUGUGCAAGGGCAUGAUGGAGGCCGUCCUCUACCACAUCAUGACCAGGCCCGGCAUUCCCGAGACCUGCCUGCUGCAGCACUACCAGGGCGUCCUGCAGCCCGUCGCCGUGCUCGAGCUGCUGCAGCUGGGCCCGGUCCUGUCCUUGACAGAAGUGACUGGAGGUGUGCCAGGCCAGCAGGCCGCAGAGGUCACAGGCCUGUAG